CCAAAACUGGGUAGAAUGACCGAUGAUCAUUCAGCUGCAGUGGACAGGCAAGGCCGGUCAACAAUGCCUCUGUUUCAGGCAGGACGCACUUUGCGCUCCGCCUCUAUUUCUUCCGCCGCGAGGCUGCUUGAUUUUAAUCCUGCGGCGGGGGUUUGGCAAGCCACAGGGACUGCUAUCGCACACGCCCCAAAUUUUGCCGAUCUGAGAUCGUUUGACGAGGUGGCAUUUGAUUUCCACGCUCGCACUGUACGUCGAAGCAACACUCAACCUGCGAUUGACCGCCCUAUUCCCCGAAGAGCGACAGCCCCCGCUAUCGAUCCUGGCCGCUGGGAAGAAGAGGACCCAGUGCUCCCCCUUGGGGCUCAGCCAGAUCGCGACCACUAUUCAGAUCUCUCUGUGGGAGUUGUUUCGUGGCGCGACACAUGCAAAAGAUUGCCGCUUGUGACGUGGGAAUUCCUCUGCACACCCACGGGCUUCUUCAUAACUGUUUACGGUCUUAACGUAAUUGCCUGGGGCGCCAUGCUAUUCUUUCUCUUAUUGAAUGUCGGAUCCAUGACCAAGGAGCAGAAGGAGGUUUGGAUUGAAAUAGAUUCUCAGAUUCUGAAUGGCUUGUUCUGCUUGACCUCGUGGGGUUUGGCACCAUGGCGAAUUCGCGAUACAUAUUGGCUACUCCAAUGGCGCCUGUGCGACGGCGUAAAAUCGAGAAAGUCAAUAGAGAAGCUUGCAAAGCGAAACGCCAGCUGGUUCAGAUUACAAUCUUCCGAUUCUGAUGAAUUGACCUUGCAAACGACCCUGACCGGUAAGGUUGCGCCACCUACCAGCGAAUGGAAAAUGGACUUCGUCAUAAUCAACAUGCUAUUGAACACUCUCUUCCAAGUCGGCAUGGCGGCAUUUAUGUGGUGCUACAACCGGCAUAAUCGCCCAAGCUACGGAGUCGGACUUUUCAUCGGCCUCGGUUGUUUCAGCUCCCUUUCAGCUGGGGUAAUGUCAUGGUGGGAGGGACGAAAAGUCAAGCGGAUUGAAGGGUGUCUUGUAGAAGAUAUACAUGAAAACCAAUAUCAGGUAGUUAAUACGGUCUGA